UUUAUAUAUGAAAUCAAAACUCAUUCCUUGUCAGUUUGUCACUUUAAAGCAUUGAUGUAUGCAAAUACCAGCUAUGAAUGGACAUAACCUUGAUAUAAAAGGAUUCACCAUGCAUGUAUGCGCGCUUCGAUUUUGGUUAUUACAUUAGUUGGAACGCUUGAAACGAGUUUUGACGAAACUUCAAAUAUGAAAAAAGUUCAAUUUUAUUGGAGAAUUGUAGUAUGCAUCUCUGUUGUUAUUAUGUUUGUGAAUAUUAUUCCCUGGAUGAUCAAAUCUGAUGAAAAAAUGGAAUUUCUUUAUUUUGAGGCCGAAAUACAUGAUGACUUUCCAACUGUUGAAAAUGCUUCACCAAUUCCACAUAUUCUACACCAAACCUACAAAUCUGAAAUAAUUCCGGAAGCUUAUGUCCCACAGAUCAAUUCUUUCCUUAAAUACCAUCCAAACUGGACGUAUUACUUUUGGUCAGAAACUUCAGCUAGAAAGCUAAUUGCGCACAAAUUUCCGUAUUUUCUCAAUGUUUGGGAUGGAUACAAACAUCCCAUAAAUCGAGCAGAUGCUCUGAGAUACUUUGUGCUUUAUGAAUACGGCGGGGUGUAUGCGGACUGUGAUAUGAGAUUUCUACGUUCAUUGGACAAUGCUACUAAGGCGUUCGCUGCUAUUAUUCCACCAGAACCGUUUGAGCACAGCGUGUUUCGAUUGAAAAUGCCGCUCCUCACAAAUAACGCUAUAAUGUUAAGCCGACCUAAACACCCAUUCUUCAAAUUGCUGAUUGACAGGCUUGAAGCUACAAAAGAUGAAUCCGGAUUGUUGGAAGUGGCUGGUCCUGUAUUUCUUCAAGAAGGCUUUUUAGUGUACAACAACAUACAAAAAAAGGAUCUUUACACAUUUCAAAAUCAUUCAUACAUAAAUGGACUUGUGCCAUAUAAUUUGCAAGGCAAGUUUAAAUAUCCUUUACAUCAUCAAGACAAUGUGCUUGUGCCAAAUACCCAUUUUUUCAUGAAUACGCUUGCUUGGAAGUUUAAAACCAACGAAGUGCUUGAAUUUUGUAAAGAUAUAUAUAAAAACAAAGUUUUUAGCUUUUUCUGGUUUUCUAAGUGUAUAAUACGUGACAUGGCGACGAUUUGUCCAUUUGAAUUCUUUCAAUCGCGUGACAUGUGGAAAAGAGGAUGUAAUGAAAUUGUUAGAAGAGAAGGGCGUUCAAAGAAGGACCAUUCAAGAUUCACAUUCACCGAACAUAUGUGGCACACAUCUUAUGAGAAGGUGAAACGAGCUGACUUUGAUAAUUGGGUAGACAUUAAAACUGUUGUCCCUAAGGCUGUAAUUUACAAUUAAAAACAAUAUUGUAUUCAUUAGACAAUGAGUUUGAAUACAGUAUUUGAUUUGUUCUGAUGACAAUCAUUCAAUUUCCGCAACCUCUCAAUGUGUAAACAAAUUAAAUAAGUUUUGAUAUCUAUCCCAAACUGUUUGGUAUUAUUUUAAAAUGUGGGUUGCAGAAACAAAACUGAUAUCGUUACAGUAAUACAAACGUCAUCGUCUAAUUAAUAUACAACAUCCUAACAAAUUGUUUUCUACAUAAAACUAUGAGUGAAAGCAUGCUGUCGAAAGCUGUAUCCAUCGUUCCUUAAAGGGGCUGUACUUCGUAUGAUAAAAUAGCGAAAAACGAAAGAAAAUUGUCGAAAACUAACAUAAACUUGGCAUCGAUGUGUACAAUGCAUUUAAACUUACUAACUGAAGUACCACAUAGUUUACAAUUUAUUUAUGUUUAGCAGUUAUUUUGUAUUUUUCGAUUAAAAAAGAUUACUGGGUA